CGGGAGGCGGGUCCCGCUAGGGGCGGAGCUCGGCGGCAGCGCUCUGCCUGGGGCAAUGUGGGGCUGCGGCGGGCUGAGCAGAGCAGCCCGGGCUCUAGGCGGCCCGCGGGGCCGGAGCAGCGGGGCGGGCCCGCCCGGGAGGAGGCUGGGGGCAGUGGCCGGUGACCAUUAUGAUCAAGCUUUUCAGAGGCGCCCUGGGGGCUUCAGUGAGAACUACAGCUGGAAAAUGCAGUUGACAUCCAACAGUACAAGGUUUGUCCAUCUGACUGAAAUGAAAAGCAGCAUGUCUGCUAUGAAGAGGCUAUACAGCACUUCACACACAACAGUGGAUUCAAAAGAGAUGAACAAAUUCCAGCUUUGGGCACAUAAGUGGUGGGAUGAACAAGGAGAAUAUUCCACCCUGCAUUCUCUGAAUGAUGUUAGAGUGCCUUUUAUUAGAGAUACUCUAUUGAACAUGAGUAGUGAUCAUCAGUUGGGAAGCCCUCUGUCCGGUGUAAAGAUUCUAGAUGUUGGCUGUGGUGGUGGAUUGUUAAGUGAGCCUCUAGGUAGACUGGGAGCUUCAGUUACUGGAAUUGAUCCUCUGGAGGACAACAUUAGAACAGCAGAACAGCACAAGUCAUUUGAUCCAGUUCUAGCCAAGAGAAUACAGUACAAACCAUGUUCACUGGAGGAUAUUGUGGAAGAGGCUACAGAAACCUUUGAUGUAAUUGUUGCUUCUGAAGUAGUGGAGCAUGUGGCUGACCUAGAAACAUUUAUCAAGUACUGCUAUCAAGUAUUAAAACCUGAAGGCUCGUUAUUCAUUACUACAAUCAACAAAACACAUUUGUCCUAUAUAUUGGGGAUUGUAGUUGCAGAGAGAAUAAUUGGCAUUGUACCAGAAGACACCCAUGACUGGGAGAAAUUUAUUUCACCUGAAGAGCUAGAAUGCCUGCUAGACUCAAAUGGCUUUUUAGUCAAGACAGUGAAUGGAAUGUCAUACAACCCCCUCUCAGGGUCCUGGAGUUGGACUGAAAGCACUAGCAUUAACUAUGCGGUGCAUGCCAUGAAAUGUAGGGUAAAAGAACAAUCAAGUUCAAGAGAGCCGCCUUCAGAGACAGAUAAGGAGGAGCACCCAGCUGAAGCUAGUGCCAGCACAACUGUCUGAGACACGGUAGUAGGCAAGCAGCAAGAAGUUGAAGGAAGAUUUGCAUAAAUUAUUAUAAUAAAACUGUUUGCAACAAAAAGUCUGCUGUUCAUGUAAAUGGCAGCUAAGAUGUUUUUGCCAAUCUAUUUCAAUGUAGUCUCGGGGGAGAACAAUUGUUAGUUCUCUCAGGAAUCGUGUAGGAUUAAGAUGGGCAAAAUCUUUGGAGAGAAGUUCUUUUAUGAAAAAAUAAUUUCAAACUUUCAGAUUGUCAGUAUUUGUGUACGAUGGCUUUUACAGUCCUACCAAGAAAACACAGGUUUCAGCAGGACUCCAGAGAGUAAUGGGUUGAUGCUGAGUUCAAUUUGAAGUCACUUUUAAAAAUGCAAUAUACUGUGUAAAUAGAAGGGUUUAAGCAAUUUUUAAAUUAAACUACCAAGUGCACUGUU